AUGUCCUCCACGACAGGGACCACAGCUCCAGCGCACCGCGUUGGUCCAGAUUAUCGUCCUGAUGCACAGAAGCCUACGGCAACAGUAUCGACCCAAAUCUCGUAUGACAAUGUGCACAUACUGCCACAGACAUCCCAGCUUUUAGCACUUUUAACGAUGAUCCGGGACAAGAACACAGCAAGAGCUGAUUUCAUCUUCUAUUCAAACCGUAUCAUCCGACUCCUUGUUGAGGAAGGUUUGAACCACCUUCCUGUCAUUGGCCAUACCAUCACAACUCCUGUUGGCCAAUCCUACGCCGGGGUAAAGUUUCAAGGAAAAAUUUGCGGCGUUUCCAUCAUGAGGGCGGGUGAAGCAAUGGAGCAAGGCCUCCGUGACUGCUGUCGUUCGGUCAGAAUCGGCAAAAUCUUGAUUCAGCGCGAUGAAGACACAAGCAAGCCCAAGCUGUUCUACGACAAACUGCCCGAAGACAUUUCGGAGAGAUGGGUGUUGCUCCUCGACCCAAUGUUUGCGACAGGUGGAUCUGCGACAAUGGCUGUAGAUGUCCUCAAGUCAAAAAGAGUGCCUGAGGACAGGAUCCUUUUCUUGAAUAUCAUUGCCAGCCCUGAAGGUGUCACUAGCUUUGCUAAGCGCUUCCCAAGACUACGUGUCGUUACAGCAUUUGUCGAUCAGGGUUUAGAUGAAAAGAAUUAUAUUGUUCCUGGACUUGGAGACUUUGGAGACCGCUUCUAUACUCUCUGA